GCCCAGUGUUCUAUUGCCCCGUGGUGGCGGCGUGCGCGGUGUCUGUGCUUGAGGGAUAACUGCGGGGCCGCGCGCGGUACACCGGCCAGGGAACGACUCGCGGCACGCGGUGUGAGGUGCUGAAUCUCAGAGUUCCGCGGCGGAGUGUGUUGGUGUUGCGCGUGACGCAGACUCGCCAUGGCGCAGCUGUCGGGGACAAUUCGCGCCGCCUCUGGCUUUGACCCGGCCGCCGACGGCCAUACGCUCCGCAAGGCCAUGAAGGGCCUGGGCACGGACGAGAAGGCCAUCAUCAGCGUGCUCUGCAGGCGGAACAACGCACAGCGCCAGCAGAUCGCCGUCCAGUACAAGAGCGGUUACGGUCGGGACCUGAUCAAGGACCUGAAGUCGGAGCUGGGCGGCAAGUUCGAGGACGUGAUCCUGGGUCUGAUGAUGCCGCCCUACGAGUACCUGGCGCAGCAGCUGUACAAGGCCAUGGAAGGCUUGGGCACGGACGAGGACGUGCUGUUCGAGACGCUGUGCACGCACAGCAACGCGGAGGUCCGCGCAAUUAAGGAGACGUACCAGAGAAUGUACCACCGGUCUCUGGAGCAGUCGGUGCGCUCUGAGGUCAGCGACCACUUCAAGCGUCUGCUCACGGCCAUCCUGCAGGCGAACCGCGACGAGUCGGGCCGGGUGGACCAGGCCAAGGCGGCUAACCAGGCGCAGGCGCUUUACAAGGCCGGCGAGAAGAAGCUGGGCACAGACGAGGAGACGUUCAACGUGAUCCUGGUGACGCAGAACCCUGCUCAGCUGCAGGCCAUCAUGGCCGAGUACGAGAAGAUCUCCAAGAAGGGCUUCAUCAAGGCCAUCGAGUCGGAGACGAGCGGGGACUACCGCCAGGCUCUGAUGGCGAUUGUGAAGAGCUCGCUGAAUCGGACGGCCUACUUCGCCGAGCGCAUGCGUGACACCAUGAAGGGGCUCGGCACCCGCGACAACGACCUCAUCCGCCUGAUCGUGUCGCGCGCCGAGUACGACCUGGCCAACAUCAAGCAGGAGUACCUCAAGCUGUACGGCAAGACGCUGGAGAAGGACGUGGCGAGCGAGACGUCUGGCGACUACAGGAGGGCGCUGGUCAUGAUCGUGGAGGGCAACUGAGGACACCACCGUCCGCGCGCCGGGAGAGGCUGGCUGAGCGCCUCACGGGCGUCACACGGGCAGUGACACCGGCGACCUGGCGCCGGCCGAACCUCGGAGUCGGCGAGGCGAGCUGGAGGGCGGCCGGGCUCGAGACCGUCCACGCACGGGCUCCCGUGCGGUGCUCGACAGCGCACGUGGGAGAGUGGCGCGCGGUGAUGGCGAUUGGCGGCGCUGAUGGCGCGGGGAUAUUUCCUCCACUGCGUGCAAACGAAAUGCUUUCGUACAAAAAGCUGGACCGUGUUAGGGAAACGAGUAUGUUGACUUGGAUCGGAAGGUAUAUUUUAGCGUUGUCCGUAUUACCCGUGGAUGCGCUUUUCGCCUGCUUCGGCUUGAGGGUAAAGCGUUCUGUGCGACGGUUCACGUAAGGCAAUGACAAUAAUGGCGCAUCUUUGACGCAUCUAACAUUUCCAGUCUUCCCAAAUGUAUGCCGAGCUUGCAUAUGCCUGGCAAUAUCUUACGGCCCACGGGCUUUGAAACUGUGCUUUUAUACGCGUUUCGCGGCAUGUUUCAGCUGUGUGUUUCACUGAUCUUCGCUCCGCGUAUGGUGGUUUAGCUCGCUGUUGUUUUCAACGGAGCCGGCGGUCUUAUAUAUGCAGUACUGUCAGUGCAAUGUUGCGUUCACGCACGGUGGGCGCUGUGAAUGGCUACGGUCUCACUGUCGCGCCCAACUUUCGCCGCGUCGCGUUGACAUGUCUUGGCCGCAUGGAAAACAAAACCGCCCUGAAUCA